UUCGGACAAGACAGUAAGCUAUAUAAGAGUGCUGUCUCCGCCUCUAGAUGAUUUGAAUUCAUUAUCACCAGCCAGUCCUACCGACCAGAUACUAGAUAUUCUCCAGUCUUCUCUCACUUAUCUACUCUUACUCAUCUACAAUCAGUCAACACUAUGUCUUUCACCAUCAUUAAACUCCUCAUCGCUGCACUUGCAGCCGGUGCCACUGCUGCUCCGCAGCCAAUCAGUCUUCGACAACCCCGUUCUGCCUCUGCAAUCUCCCCUAUCCCUCCAGCCCCUUCAGUCGACUUCACCAAGCUCCUAACCCAACCCACUCUAGUCGAUCGCUUCAAGCAACUUGUCACUCGUGACGGCAAACUUCUUCCUGAAGACGAACUACGUAGUGUCGUUUCUUUCGACUUCAACCCUCCGAAACCUGCACCAGGCGCGAAGGGAGGUGCCGUCAACCUCGCCAACACCAAGAAUUGGCCCAUCCUCGCCGAAUCAGGAAUUUCCGUUGCUGUUGGAUUCCUCGGUGCUUGUGGCAUCAACACCCCUCAUGUCCAUCCACGAGCUGCCGAACUUCUUACCGUCACUAGUGGUGAGGUGGACUUCGGUUAUAUCCUUGAGAACGGACUUGUCGAUGCCGGUGAAAAAUCGGAAAUCGUUGGCAAACUUGGCCCACUUCAGGCCGCUUUGUUUCCUAUGGGUAGCAUCCAUUAUCAGGUCAAUCCAACCUGUAAUGAUGCUACUUUCGUUGCUGCCCUCAACAAUGAGGACCCCGGUGCAUCUCAGAUUGCACAGAACUUUUUCGGUUUGGAUGGCGAGACAAUCGAGGCGGUCCUCGGUUUCCCGGAACAAUUUGAUGGAGACCGUAUUGAAGAAUUCCGCAGCAAGAUUCCUGCUAAUGUUGCCCGUAACGUCGAGCAAUGUUUGGAGAAAUGCAAGAUUCCCAAGAGGAAGUAAUGCCACUGUGAGAUAGAAUCUUGAUUUUUGGAGCAUCAAGUCAAUAGCGAGCAUCGUCCUGGCGUUCCAAUUUCGAUGGGUGGUUUGUUUCUAGAACUACCGAGCCAUUUACAGCUGUUUUUAUUGGAGUCAGCGGUCUGAGUGCUCUAUUGAAAUACCCCUUUUAAUUCUAGAGAAUUCCAUC